ACUCGAUCCCGGCCCCACUUCCAGGCCAGUGUCCGGCCGACCAGCCUGCCUCGGGCCAGGGCCCCACGACUCCCUGCUGGGACAAGGGGCCGUCUGUGCGGCUGUGGUCCUGGGAGGGCGUGGUGAGGCCGUGAAGGUGGGGACGGUGCCUGGGCCUGUGGCCGCCAGAGCUGCUGCGGCUCAGAAGGUAGCACUAGGCCCCGUGGGUGCUGUGGGGGCCAUCGCCUGCCCACCAUGGGGACCCUCAGCUGCGACCCCGCCCCACGGCUGGCCACAGCCCCCCUUGGCCGGCGAGUGACGGAGGGCCAGAUUCCGGAGACGGGCCUGAGGAAGUCCUGUGGGACGGCCACCCUGGAGAACGGCUUGGGGCCAGGCUUGUACGUCCUGCCGUCCACCGUGGGCUUCAUCAACCACGACUGCACCAGGGUGACCAGUCCCGCCUACUCGCUCGUCCGGAGGCCCAGUGAGGCACCACCUCAGGACACCAGCCCAGGUCCCAUCUACUUCUUGGACCCAAAAGUCACACGCUUUGGCCGCAGCUGCACCCCUGCCUACUCCAUGCAGGGCCGGGCCAAGCCCCGGGGUCCGGAGGUGACGCCAGGCCCUGGGGCCUACAGCCCAGAGAAGGUGCCCCCUGUGCGCCAUCGGACACCGCCGGCGUUCACCCUGGGCUGCCGCCUCCCCCCGAAACCCCUGGACACCUCAGCCCCUGCCCCUAAUGCCUACACCAUGCCCCCUCUGUGGGGUUCCCAGAUCUUCACCAAGCCCAGCAGCCCCAGCUACACGGUGGUGGGCCGCACACCGCCCGCCCGCCCCCCGCAGGAUCCUGCGGAGAUACCAGGCCCGGGCCAGUACGACAGCCCAGACACCAACACCUACCGCCGGCGCCUGCCUGCCUUCACCAUGCUGGGGCGGCCCCGGGCCCCGCGCCCCCUGGAGGAGACCCCCGGCCCCGGCGCCCACUGCCCAGAGCAGGUCACCGUGAACAAAGCCAGGGCUCCAGCGUUCUCUAUGGGCAUCCGCCACUCCAAACGGGCCAGCACCAUGGCUGCCACCACACCCUCCCGGCCUGUGGGGCACAGGCUGCCCGGCCGCUGCUGCUAGGCCAGGCCUGUUUCCCACACAGCGAACGGGGCAGGCGGGCCUCUCCUGGGGCCUGGCUUGGCUGGAGGGGCUAGAAGCCGAGAAGGGCUGGGAAAGGAGGCUUCCCUCCCCUUUCUCGAACUGUCCAGGUCCUUCUAGGACAUCUGACCCUUCCAGUCCCUGGGGGCUGUGACCCAUGGCCCUCUGCAGGGUGCAGGGUGAGUCCCCUUCCAGUGCCCCAGUUUCUUCCAGUUUCUUCCAGGUCACACCAGGCCAGGCCAGGCCAGGCCAGGUGGGGAAAGGGACACCUUCCGGCCCUCCCCAGUAGCUGGCUGGAGACGGAGUUUCCUGUGUCCUAGAACUCGGCGUCCAGCCCACUAGGGCCUGGAUCCCCAUCACAGCGUGGGUUAGCUCCGGUCCCAGCCCAAACUCAGGCUGGAGGCAGCUGCGAGACCUGUGCCUUUCCCACUCUGCCUUCUACAGUUGCUUAGCCAAUAAACCUUUCCUGGGCUGGAGAGCUGUCAGCAUCACACGUGCUUGCUCAUUUAACGUGUCUAUUGAUGUCACAGAAA